UCAGUCCCGCCCUCUGGUUCCACUGUUCUUUGCGGAGGUAACAGAUGGAGAUCGAAUGGGUGGCAGUUCAGCUGCAGCAGCUGCUGCCGUCUGAGAGAAGCCCUUGGUGGUCGUAGGCUUAAUGAGCGGACGGCAAAGAACGCUUUUCCAGACAUGGGGCGCAAGCCUCUUCCGAUCCUCUGGGGCUCCGGUUUGCAGCUCUAGAACUGAGCGACCUCACAGCCCUGGCAGCCCCGGGGCGUGUUUUUCUGCCGCCGCAGAGGCUGCAGACGCACCGCCGGAGUCGGACGACGACGUGUUCCUGGUUGCUGUGUACGAAGCAGAGCGGCAACUGAAUCUAGAGAAUGGCGGGUUCUGCACCUCAGCGGGCGCCCUAUGGAUUUAUCCUACUAAUUGCCCAGUGCGGGACUACCAGCUGCACAUCUCCCGGGCCGCUCUGUUCUGCAACACGCUGGUGUGUCUGCCCACCGGGUUGGGAAAGACCUUUAUUGCCGCCGUGGUCAUGUACAAUUUCUACCGCUGGUUCCCGUCUGGCAAGGUAGUCUUCAUGGCCCCCACGAAACCUUUGGUGACACAGCAGAUUGAGGCUUGCUACCGAGUGAUGGGUAUCCCGCAGUCCCACAUGGCCGAAAUGACAGGAUCUACUCAAGCUUCCACCAGGAAGGAAAUAUGGUGCAGUAAGAGAGUCAUUUUUCUUACACCUCAAGUCAUGGUAAAUGAUCUUUCUAGAGGAGCUUGUCCUGCUGCUGAAAUAAAGUGUCUAGUUAUUGAUGAAGCUCAUAAAGCUCUUGGGAACUAUGCUUAUUGCCAGGUUGUAAGAGAACUAGUCAAAUAUACAAAUCACUUUAGAAUAUUGGCUCUUAGUGCCACACCAGGUAGUGAUAUAAAGGCUGUGCAACAGGUUAUUACUAACCUACUAAUUGGGCAGAUAGAACUUCGUUCUGAAGAUUCCCAGGAUAUUUUGCCAUACUCUCAUGAAAGACGAGUUGAAAAGCUUGUUGUUCCCCUUGGUGAAGAACUUGCAGCCAUCCAAAAGGCAUAUGUACAGAUUUUGGAAUCAUUUGCCAGUUCUUUGAUUCAGAGGAAUCUUUUGAUGAGAAGGGAUAUCCCCAAUCUAACAAAAUACCAGCUAAUUCUGGCAAGGGAUCAGUUUAGAAAAAACCCACCUGCAAAUUUUGUGGGAAUACAACAAGGUAUAAUUGAAGGAGAUUUUGCUCUUUGUAUUAGUCUAUAUCAUGGUUAUGAAUUAUUGCAACAAAUGGGAAUGAGAUCAUUAUAUUUCUUCCUUUGUGGAAUUAUGGAUGGAACUAAAGGAAUGACUCGAACAAAAAAUGAACUUAGCCGCAACAAGGACUUCAUGAAGCUCUACAGUCAUCUGGAGUGCAUGUUUGCACACACACGUACUGCUUCAGCAAGUGGCACUUCUCCUAUCGAAAAUGGAGAAAAAAAAUUUUUCUAUAGUCAUCCUAAAUUAAAGAAAUUAGAAGAAAUUGUAGUUGAACACUUCAAGUCAUGGAAUGCUCAAAACACAUCUGAAAAGAAAUGUGACAAGACCAGAGUUAUGAUCUUCUCUUCAUUUCGAGAUAGUGUUCAAGAAAUUGCAGAAAUGCUUUUACAGCAUCAGCCAAUUAUCAGAGCAAUGACUUUUGUUGGCCAUGCCUCAACAAAAGGGAAGAGCAUGAAGGGUUUUACUCAGAAGGAGCAAUUGGAGGUAGUGAAACAGUUUCGUAGUGGUGGUUACAAUACAUUGGUUUCUACUUGUGUUGGCGAAGAAGGUUUAGAUAUAGGAGAAGUCGAUCUCAUAAUAUGUUUUGACGCGCAGAAGAGCCCAAUUCGUCUCAUACAACGAAUGGGGAGGACAGGCCGCAAACGUCAAGGCAGGAUUGUCGUUAUCCUUGCUGAAGGACGAGAAGAACGUACUUAUAAUCAAAGUCAGUCCAACAAAAGAAGUAUUUAUAAAGCUAUUUCAGGUAACAGGCAGGUCCUUCAUUUUUACCAAGCAAGUCCACGAAUGGUUCCUGAUGGAAUUAAUCCAAAAUUACAUAAAAUGUUCAUCACACAUGGUGUCUAUGAACCAGAGAAGACUUCUCGGAAAUUACAGCGAAUGAGGCAAAGUAAUUCAAAGAAAGAUUGUUUCUUAUCAGAAGAAGAAUUUAAAUUAUGGAACAGAUUUUAUAGAUUAAGAGACAGUGAUGAAAUUAAAGAAAUAACAUUGCCUCCAGUUCAGUUUCUAUCCUUACAAAAUGAGGAAAACAGAUCGACUCAGGAACCAAGCAGUGGAAUUCAUCAACUCUCUCUCUCUGAAUGGAGACUAUGGCAAGAUCAUCCUCUUCCUACAUAUCAAGUUGACCAUUCGGAUCGUUGCCAUCAUUUUAUAACUAUUAUGCAAAUGAUAGAGGGAAUGAGACAUGAAGAGGGAGAAUGCAGCUAUGAAUUGAAAGUUAAAUCUUAUUUACAAAUGGAAGAUGUUAGCUCAACAUUUAGUGCUCACAGGAACAAAUUUAAUCUUCUUGCCAAUGGCAACUUUACUAGUAACAAGAAAUCUUCAUUUACAAAGAAUAUAAAUGAAGGCAAUUCAUUUUCAAUGACAGAAUCUGAUGAAGAAUGUGCUGAAAUUUUUAAACAAAAUCAUAUCAAACCUACUAAAAUUGUUUCUCUAAAGAGAAAAGCUUCUAAAAAACUGAAAAAAGAUCAGCCUAAAAAAGAAAAUAAUGAUGUUGUGGGUUCUUUAGCUCCUGAUGGCAAUUGUACUGGUGAAGAUAUUUUUCAAAUAGACCUCAAUGGUAAAGGGACAUCAGGUACAGAUGAAGCUGCUGCCCCAUGCGCUGUCAGUGCAGAUGUUGUAAAUCACCCAUGUAGGCCAUUAACUGAAUGUCAGAUUACAAAUAAAUCUAUUAGUCCUCUUGCUGGACAGUUUUCAGAUUCUGGUUAUAACAGUUUUAGUGAUGAGAAAUCUGUUUUAUCUAGCUUCUUUCUUUCUUUUGAAGGAGAGCUUGCUAUAGCUAGAGCAGAUGACCAAUUUUAUAAUUGUUAUUCACCAACAAAAGAGGUGCUAGUUAAGGUAGAGGAAUUUUUAUCUCAUUCUCCUCCAUCUCUCAGUGCACUCUCAAAUUUGGAACAUGAAGUUACUAAGGGUUCUGUACUUGAAAAUCUGCUUUACCUACCCCACACAGACUAUUUACAAAAGAAUAAAUCUACCUGCUUGAUGUCACAUUCAGCCAUAAGUUCUAGACAGAAUUCAGAAUUGAAUUCACUUAAAUUUAGUAAUCAUCCUUCUGAAAGUUGCAUUUAUAGUACAACUAAUGAUAAGAUUUUUGAUGAGCCAAGCUUCUGUGACUAUGAUGAUAAAGCGCAUAAAGAUGUUAAAGAUGAAAAUUUAGUAGCCAGCAAUCAUACUCAAAUAAACAUAGGCCCUCCACAGUAUUUUGUUGAAGAAAACAAUCAUGGUGUUGAUAGCAAUGAGCUCCCCGUAUUGCUCACUGAUCAGAAUGAGAGUUUACAACUAUUUGAAGAUACAGAGUUUAAUGAUGUGAGCCUUUCUCCCUCGAAUAAUGAAUGUAAAUCUUCAUGUGUGUCAGAUAGCACUUGUAUAAACAAAAUGGCACCAGUGUCUCAGUUCUUAAUUUCUGAUGAACUCUUGUUAGACAAUGAUUCUGAACCACAAGAUCAAAUUAUCUAUGAUCCUAAGAGCUGGAAAUCUCAUGAAGAUUUGACAGGUGUACACGAGGAAAAACUAAAGAGUGAUGAAUAUGUUUAUGACUGCUCUAAGGAUUUAUUUUCUAUUACCUUUGAUUUAGGAUUUUCUAUUCCAGAUUCUGAUGAUGAAAUAUCAGAACAUGCAUCACAUACAAAUAAGAAUAAAAUUUUAGAUGCCCUAUCUGGAAGGUGUUUAGAUAUCAAGGAGAUAAGUGAUAUAAAUUAUGUUUCAAAUCAAGCCAUAAUACCAAGAGAUCAUGUUGAUAGUUCUAAGAGUAGAUCUGUUGCUAUUUCAUCAAGUGAAGAUAAGCAGAGUCCAGCUUCUGUGCAUUUUCCACUGAGUACAGCCAAAAAUGAGGAAUUUAUGUCUCCUGGUUAUUCUCAAUUUUCUUUGCCAGUAGGGGAAAAGGUUAUGAGUACACCACUUUUUGAGUUAAACACAUUGAACUCUAAAAAGAGAAAGGAAAUGCCUAGGUUGCUAGAUUCUAAUAAGGGAAAGGAAAAUCUACAAAGUUUCAAAGAAACGUUGAAUUCAACUUUUGAUGAUUCAGGACUUUCUACAGAAAAGGCUAAAGAUGAGGAACAAAUCAGUCUACGUCAAACCUGUAAUUCUGUUGGAGAUGAACAAUUAACGAGCAAUGAAAGUGAAGGUGGUGAGAUUUUCCAGAGAAAGAGUAAAAAAGCAAAAGGAAAUAUUUUAGAAUCUCCUGAGGAUCAGAAACAUAGUGAAAUUGAUUCUCCACUUCAUGCUGUCAAGCGUAGGGUUCCUCCAAAGAAGUUAGAAUUAUCAUCCAGUGACGAGAGCGAGGAUUUUCCUGAACAACAUCCACAACUAGACAACUUCAAGGGUCAUGACAGGAAUGCCAAAAGAAGCACCAAAGUCCAAAAGAGACAAAGUCACCUAAAGUUUGUAGCUAGAACGUUUUUAGAUGAUCAAGCAGAACUUUCCCAAGAAGAUGCAGAAUGUGUUUCAUCAGAUGAAAAUGAUGAGUCAGAAAAUGAAAAAGAUUCCUCAUUACUUGACUUCUUAAAUGACGAGACUCAACUUUCACAGGCCAUAAAUGAUUCUGAAAUGAGAGCUAUUUACGCGAAAUCUUUGCGUAGUCCGUUGAUGAUCUGUCGGUACAAAAUGGUCCACGAGAAACAUAACAACGUGAACAUUUUCUCACAGAUUCCUGAGCAAGAUGAAACCUACUUAGAAGACAGUUUUUGUGUUCAUGAAGAGGAAUCUUGCAAAAGCCAAUCAAGUGAAGAAGAAGUGCAUGUUGAUUUUAAUUUAAUAACUGAAGAUUGCUUUGCAAGUGGGAGUAAAAAAUAUAAAACCCGGCGUGCAGUAAAGCUAAAACAAAUGAAGAUGAGACAGAGUGCACAUUCAAAAAAGAAAUUAUCCAGAAUUAUUUUACUGGAUGAUUCAAGUGAGGAGGAAAACAACGUAAAUGAUAAAAGAGAAUCCAUUCCUGUGGCUAACCCCAGCACUGUUACAGAGAGCAAACAGCAGGGCCAUUGUUGGAAUUCAGUGCUUUCGGGAUCUUCCUUACAGCCCAAGGACCAUUCUAAUCCAGUUGUCACUCAAGAGCCAAAGCAGAGGCAGCAGACACUACUUAAUUCAAAGGAUACAGUUUCUGACAUCUCGUACUCCAAACCUCAGAGCCAUAAUAAAAUUGAAUCUACGUCACCAUCAGUCACUGCUGUUGGUUCACAGAAGGACUGUAGCAAAUUUCCAGUUCAUUUGAAGGUUGGUUGUGCUCUGGAAGAUUCUAGCACUUCAGUAGCUUCCUGUUCUGAUUCAAGACCACGUUUGGCUGGCACAUGUGCUUCCCUUAGACUCCCACGGCAAGGCCAGAGAACAUGUAUUCUUGUAGAUAGUCGUGAAAUCACUUCUGGUUCAGAAGUCAUUUCUUCCCUCAGAGCAAUUCAUGGCUUUCAUGUAGAGGUUUGUCCUCUUAAUGGUUGUGAUUACAUUGUGAGUAACCGCAUGGUGGUGGAAAGGAGGUCUCGCUCUGAGAUGUUAAACAGUAGUAAUAAGAACAAGUUCAUUGACCAGAUCCAGUACCUGCAGAGCAUGUUUGAAAGAAUAUGUGUGAUUGUGGAAAAGGACAGAGAAAAAACAGGAGACACCUCCAGGAUGUUUAAGAGAACGAAGAGCUAUGACAACCUGCUGACUACCUUAAUUGGUGCUGGAAUUCGAAUUCUUUUCAGUUCCUGCCAAGAAGAAACGGCAGAUUUGCUAAAGGAUCUGUCUUUAUUGGAACAAAGAAAGAAUGUUGGUAUUCAAGUUCCAGCAGUGAAUAGCAAUAAAUGGGAAGCACUUCAAUUUUAUCUAAGUAUUCCCAAUGUAAGUUAUAUAACUGCAUUAAAUAUGUGUUACCAGUUUUCAUCUGUGAAAAAGAUGACUAACAGCUCACCUGAGGAAAUCGCCAUGUAUGCACAAGUAACUCAUCAAAAGGCCGAGGAGAUCUGUAGAUAUAUUCACCAUGUUUUUGACAUGCAGAUGUUACCAAAUGGUCUUAAUCAAGGUAGACGGAAAUCUGAUGCAUGAUCAGACUGCUCAGGUGCGGUUAUCCAAGAACUGUCACAACACCAAAUGCACUGAAAUAAUCAUUGCUGUGGUUUGUGGUUAUCAGUUUAAAAUAUGUAAAUAAGAGAAUAUUUCCAUGUUAUUUUAUACUGUAUUUUUUAUUUACAUAGGUUAUAUAUUUUUAAAAACCUGGUGUUCAAUAAUCAUUUGAUUAACUGGACUAAAAACUGUAUUUUUAUUGAGGUUAUUAAAAGUGCUAUUAGGAAAGUAAAAAGCUAGAGUACAUGAUUUUGAAAUUUUUCCAGAUUUUUUUUGUACUGUUGUCAUUUUUUAGCUUAAUAGGCUGAUGCAUCUGACUUCUGCCAACUUAAUAGUCAUAAACAAUUUUUCCUAUAAUAUCUAGAAUAUUUUACAUGUCCUGAAUCUACACAGACAUUGGAUAAAGUUUGGGUGUAUUGUGAGAUGAAUGGCCCAGUAACUAGGAAAGUUGAAAGUGUAACUUAGUGUAUUAAUCUUACCAAAGGAAGCCCGAUCAAGAGGUGAAAUCCUAUUAGUGUAGCCCCGACUGGUGUGGCUCAGCGGCUCGGCAGCUCAAGG